GCAAGGAAGAAGAGAUAGAGUUGGGGUUCGUGGGUGAAAGAGAUAUCAUCAUGGGGAGAGGAAAGAUAAAGAUAAAGAGGAUACAGAACUCAAGCAACAGGCAGGUCAAGAAGAAGGCUAAGGAGAUCACAGUCUCUCUUGUUAUCUUUGAUAGCUCUGGCAAGAUGCAUGAGUACUGCAGCCCUGGAACUAAGUUGGGUGAUAUCUUGGAUCGAUAUCACACAGAGUCUGGGAAGAGGUUGUGGGAUGCAAAGCAUGAGAAUCUGAGCAAUGAAAUUGAUAGAAUCAAGAAGGAGAAUGACAGCAUGCAGAUUGAACUCAGGCACCUGAAGGGGGAUGAUAUCACAUCUUUGCCCUACAAAGAGCUGAAGGCUAUAGAGGAAGCACUCGAAAAUGGUCUUAUGAGUAAUUGGGAAAAACAGGUGGAAAUCGUCAGAAUGAGGAAUAAAAAUGAGAUAAUGCUGGAGGAAGAGACUGAAGAGUACAAGCUCCUUGCUUAUCAGUUAUCGUCAAAUGUCAACAGUGUUUAG